CCCUUCCUCCCUACCCUCCUCUUCUCCUUCUCUCCCCUCUUCCCUUCCCCGGUCCUAAGCUCCCACUUUCCAUCUCUCCCCUCCGGGCAUCUUGCCUACAAACCGUCACCUGCACUUGAGCCUAUUAGCGCACCCUUCCGAGAAGGGUCUCCUGAAGACCCCUGGCCCCUACCUCCUUAGCCUGGUAGCCCGGGGCAGAGCUCCUGCUUCCCAGGUUCCUCCCCCAUCAUCCACAACGCUGCCCCACACCCUCUCCCUCCGCGUCUUUCCUUCCCCUCCCCGCGAAGUUUCAGGGCUGUCAGUCCCGGAGUCUUUCGGGCAGCCCGCACCCAAGCUGCAGGCAGCGGGCGCCAUUGUGCAUACGGCCGCCCGGGACCGGAGGCCCGAGCGCCUGGGUCCCCGAAGCGAGCCACGGCACAUAGCCACAGGAGCCCGCCAGGGUCUGUGACCUGACCACCUAGGAGAGCCACUCCUGUGGCCAUGAGAGAGACCCUGGAGGCCCUGAACUCCUUGGGAUUCUCAGUGGGACAGCCAGAGAUGGCUCCCCAAAGUGAGUCCAGCAAUGGGUUCAAUAAUGCCCAGGAAAAGAUAUCAUCCAGGGAAGAGGGCACGCGGCACUCAUGCUCAGGAGUCCUUGGAGUAUCUUCUUCUCUUCCAGGGCAUGAGGCCCCUGGCCAGAAAGAAGGCAUCCACACAGAACAAGCUGAAGCUCCUUGCAUGGGCAGCCAGGCUUGUACCCCACAGAAGACUGAGCCUGCAGGCUCUGUCCCAGGGGAGGAAUGGAUGAUUCGGAAGGUGAAGGUUGAAGAUGAGGAUCAGGAGGCAGAGGAGGAGGUGGAAUGGCCCCAGCACCUCUCCUUCCUUCCCAGUCCUUUUCCUGCUCCUGACUUGGGUCACCUGACUGUUGCAUACAAACUGGAGCCGGGGACUCCGGGAUCUCUAGGUGGGCUCGCGCUGUCAGGGUGGGCUCCGAUACCUGAGAAGCCUUAUGGCUGUGAGGAAUGUGAGCGACGUUUCCGGGAUCAGCUAACUCUGCGGCUGCAUCAGAGGUUGCACAGGGGCGAGGGUCCCUGUGCCUGCCCGGAUUGUGGCCGCAGUUUCACGCAGCGCGCCCAUAUGCUGCUGCACCAACGCAGCCACCGCGGCGAACGUCCCUUCCCGUGUUCUGAGUGUGAUAAGCGUUUCAGCAAGAAGGCACACCUGACCCGCCACCUCCGCACACACACCGGCGAGCGGCCCUACCCAUGUGCUGAGUGUGGCAAACGCUUCAGCCAGAAGAUCCACCUAGGUUCUCACCAGAAGACCCACACCGGAGAGCGGCCCUUUCCCUGCACCGAAUGCGAGAAGCGUUUCCGCAAGAAGACACACCUGAUCCGCCACCAGCGCAUCCAUACCGGCGAGAGGCCCUACCAAUGCACCCAGUGCACACGCAGCUUCACACAUAAGCAACACCUGGUGCGGCACCAGAGGGUGCACGAUGCUGCUAGUCGUACUCGGUCCUCUACCGACGCUCCUGCCUCACCCCAUUCUCCCUCCUCGUCCCCUCCUGGGCCUAAGCCUUUCGCUUGCUCCCACUGUGGCUUGAGCUUUGGCUGGAAAAAGAACCUCGCUACGCACCAGAGUUUGCAUCUCACCGAGGGUCGCCCUUUUGGGUGCGAUGAAUGUGCACUGGGCGCCACCGUAGACUCCACCGCCACAGAACCCUCAGCCUGCGCUCCCCACGCUCCUGACUGUGGCCCAGGUUCGGGGCCUGCGACGCCCCAGCGCACCACCCCGGGUGAGCGCUCCUUCUUCUGCCCUGACUGUGGGCGCGGCUUCGCUCACGGGCAGCACCUAGCCCGCCACCGGCGUGUACACACCGGGGAAAGGCCCUUUGCUUGUGCGCAGUGUGGCCGCCGCUUCGGCUCGCGGCCCAAUCUGGUCGCCCACUCCCGGGCCCACAGUGGCGCCAGACCUUUUGCCUGUGCACAGUGUGGCCGCCGCUUCAGUCGCAAAUCUCACCUAGGCCGCCAUCAGGCAGUGCACACAGGCAGUCGCCCCCACGCUUGUGCUGUCUGCGCCCGCUGCUUCAGCUCCAAAACCAACCUGGUCCGCCACCAGGCAAUCCAUACCGGCUCCCGCCCCUUCUCCUGCCCGCAGUGCGCCAAGAGUUUCAGCCGCAAGACCCAUCUUGUGCGGCACCAACGUAUCCAUGGCGAAGUGACCCUCCCAACCUCAACCUCGAACCUUUCGGCUCCAGUUUGGCCCAAUUCCUCUGAGGUUGUGCCACCUCCAAUCUUCUUCUAAGCGAAGUUCAGACCCUCAUCCUUCCUUUCCUAACAGAUUUGGGAGACUCAUUUCUGGAGACUUCGUGGGCUUUCAACUUAGGUUUCUGCUGAAGUACCAGGAGAUGUGCCAUUGUCCUUUCCAUAAAGUUGAGAAAUCCGAAAAGCAUACUUAACUCUUGACAGCCGAGACAGUGAACAUGCGGAGAUUUCCAUGCAUUGGAAAUCGGGAGUUUUGGGGGAUCAACUAGAUCAGGGGGAGACUGAGCAGGAUAUUUCUUUCAACCUAAAGGGAAAGAACAGUUAUUUAUGUACUUGAAGUUCAUUAAAGUUCAAAUCUGAAGUUCCGGGAACUGUUAACUGAACCAGGGGUGGGAAGCCUGACUGGUCCACUUACUGCCAUCUCCAGCCACAGGAAAAGACCCUCCCUGUCAUCCCAGGGAAGUUAAGCUUAACUAGCUGGUCUUCCCAACCAAUAUGUAAUAUGCCCAGAUGCCAAACAACUACCCUGGUUCCCUGUGCGGGGCGUACCUGUGUAUGUGUGUGUGCACGCUGGCGCGCUCAGGAGUUUGGCAGGAAGGAGUGAGGACUAGGAGAGGUAGAGAGGGCCCAGCAUUAUUGCUGUCGGUGCUGGGACUCUGUGCUACCUGUUUGCAGCCUGUUGAGGGGCUUCAGGUGCCCUCACCUGUACCUGUCUAGGAGGUAGGAAAAGAGGCAGUACUUGAACAGAUCGUAAAGGUUGUUUCUGUGUCACACUUUGCAGCAGUGCUCCAGGUGAGGGGGGCUUGAGCCUGGAGGCCAGCAACUGGACACACCCAAGUGGGGGCAGACAGAAGCCCUGGGACUGGCUGACUGGCUGGCAGUGA